AUGGGUAGUAAUCAGGAUAACGAAAUAGCAGAUUUUGAAAAUUUAUUAAAUAGUAUCAAUUUAACCGCUAACAAUUCCAAUAUUGACAAUGAUUUAUUUUGCUCAAUAAUCAGCGGUGACAUUGAUUUAUUAGAAAUAUUAGAUAGCGAUAAUAUAGAGUUACUAGAGUACUAUCUUCCUUAUAUAUUUUAUGUUGUAAUACCCAAUAACGAUUAUUUAUUCACAGAAGAUUUAGAAUAUUUAUUUUACAGUUCAAAAUUAUCAAAACUAAUAAAUAAAAUAGAUCAAUAUAAAUCAAUAGAUUACAACCAAAUUAACGAGUUUAUAAAUAAUCAAAUGCAAAUUAGAAAGAAACUAAGUCAUGUCGAUAAAAAAGAUACAUAUUUAGACUCAAUCAGUAAUCCAAAAUCUCACUUUGAAAAUGGGGAUGCAGAGAAAAAGCUUAGAUUGGUGUUGUGCGAUUUAAUAGCAUUAUUGGAAUAUACAGAGAUGCAACAGUCACAAACAAUCUCUAGAGAUACAAAGUAUGAAGCAUUAUUUUUAGAUACACAAAUUUAUUUCCACGAGUUAAACAUAAUACUACCAAUUAUAUGUUUUAAAUGUUUAAAAUAUAUUGAUUUUAAUAAAUUAAUAUUAUCAAUAUUGUUUUUAAAUAAUCAAUAUGGUUAUUUAGUAAAGGCCAAAAGAGUACUAUUCGACAUUUGUACAUUAUCAAGUUAUUGCUCAAGAUUUAUUAGAACCGAAUUACUAAACAGACAGCUAUUACCAGAUUUAGUAUUCUCCAUAACAUCACAAUUUAUUAAAGAUGAAAUUGAUAUUUUAAGUAAAAUCAUCACAAAUAGAUCAGAAAAUCAAUGGUUAAAAGAAUAUAUUUCAAAUAAUAGUAAAGAUCAACAGUCAACAUUCCAUGAAAUCAGAGACAGACUAUUAACAACCUUAAAGAAUAUUUAUAAUUAUCAAGAAAAAUUCGAAUCAUUACAAAAACAAUAUAUUAAUAGUAAUAAUGAAAAAAAAGAAAAUUUAUUAAAAAAAUUAAAUAGCAAAAUAGUCGAACAGUCUUAUACUGUAAAGCUAAUAAUUAGAUUAUAUUGUGGGUUUUCAGGUUUAUUAGGUGUUAAAAUGAAUCAGCAAGAAAUAACAACAUCGUUAUCAUUUUUAGAAAAAUCAAUUUUUAAAAAUUAUUCUAAAAUAUUUUUAUGCUUUUUAUUAGUUUGUGAAGGUUUAGUUAAAAGCAUCCAGUCAAAAAGUGUCGUUGGAUAUUUAAAUCAUUUAUCAAAGGUCGGGAAUUGUGAUGAGUUGCUAUUAUUAAUUUCAAUUUAUUUUCAUACACAUCAACUUCAAAAUAUAGCAUUAUUAGUUAAGAACAUUUUGGGAUUUAGACCAUCAAUCCAUACUGAAUCUUUAAAUCAAAUUGGUGAAAUUUUAACCAAAGAAAUUUAUACGGAAUCAUUAGUCGCAAAAAGAGCAAUUUCAUUACCAACAAUCGAAAAUUUAAAUUCAAAUGACCAAAAUAUCUCAAUUGUUUGUGUUUAUCAUUUAUUAAGUGAAAGAAUUUUCGAAAAAUAUGAAACUGAUGUUGGUCAAUGGGUAUGGACACAAUUAUUAAAAUCUUCAAAGCCAAUUCAUUAUUUAUUACCAUCUCUAUUGGAUCAGUUUAUUAAAAAUAUUAUAGAACCCAGCAUCACAACUUUUUAUAUGAAAAGAAUUUCAGAAAUUAGUAUAAUGAAUUCAAUUAAUUCAUCUUCAAAUAUAGUUAAGGUGUUAAUUAUUUAUUUCAUACUUAGAUUUAAUGAUACUCUUAUGAAACAUAAAACCGAACAAAAAGGAAAGCCAGUUAGUUUUUUAAUUGAAACAACACAGUUACGCGAAUACAAUAUAGAGUUUCUUUCAAAAUUGCCAAUCCAAAAUUGUAUUAAUUUAAUCCUUUCAAAUCAAUUGGACUACUUUUAUAUAAUUCCACCAUUUUUAUAUUUAAUUUCUUCACAAUUCCCACAGUUCUUUAAUGUUAAUUUAUUAUUAUUAGAAGAGGAAAGAUUAUCAAACCCAAUAGAAAAAUUAAUUUUUUAUCCUAAAUAUUAUUCAGAUAAAUCUACAAUGUCUGUUGAGUUUUUAAAAGAAUCUUUAGUUAAAACAUUAGAUAGGCCAACUUCAACUCAGUUAAUACUUAGAUAUUUAAAUACUUUAUCAACAGAGAGUUUAUUGGUAUACUCCAAUGUGCUGAUCGAAUAUUUAUUACCAAUCCUUGUAAAGAAUAGAAUUUUACCAUCUGUUGAGGGUCUAAUAUCAUCAUUCACCGAUAUUUGGAUGAGAGUAUUUUCAGUUAAUCAGACAUCGGUUGCAUUAAAAACCAUAAAUAUUUUAAUUUCGAUCGAUGGCAGUGGUACAAGUCAAGAUGGAGCAUCAUUUGAAAAUAGUGGUUUAUUAGGGUUAAAGUACACUUAUAGCGAUAUUAUAUCAGAUCCAUUAAUUGUUUUUAGGUCGCAUCCAACUGUAUUUACAUGUCCACCUCUAUUAAAAAUAUUAUUACAAAUUUUAUUCUUUUACAUGGUAUCAAGUAAAAAGAAUCUACAAAAUCAAAUUCAAGUUUCAACUACAAAUAAGCAAGAGGAUAUCUCAACAUUAAUUUUAACUCAAGAAUCAUCAAUUAUUCAGAUAUUGUUGGAGAUUUGUAUAAUAGAUAGAUUUAAUAGUGGAGACGCUAUUGGCAGUGAUUUUGGUGGUUCAAAUAUUAAACAAACUGGGUUAGUAGGAAUAAAUAAAAUUUUAAAAAGAGAGGGAUGCAUUAAUGAAAACGGUAUAAAAAAUUUUGAUGAGGUCGAUAUUGAAGAGAUUCGUUGUUUAGUUUGCAGUUUUAUUCACCAGAUUUUCAUCGACAAGCCGCUCAUUAUAAAAUUAAUACAUUUCCAAGGUUACUUGUCUCAAUUGUUACCAAUUACUGUAUCGUUAAUCCCAUCCAUGCAUAUUUGUUUUGAAUUCAUUCCAGAGCUAUUAAACCAGCCUUCUCUAGACAAGCAAAUAUUUUCAAUUCAAUUAUUAGCAUACCUUUCAGAGAAAUACCCAAUUCCAAAAUCAUUAAAGCUCUGUAGAUUAUCUCAAACUCGUAUAUCAUACAAUUUAAAUGGUAAUACAUUGGUUCAAGAAGAUAAAAUUAAAUUCCUUUAUUCAAUUCUACCAUCAAUCACCAGAAUUACUAAAUCUUUUCCUUUGGUAGCUGAGGAUUUUAUUCAAAUUUUAAUGGAGCAAUUACCAAACAAAAAUAAUUAUCAGCAAAAUUUAAAAUCCUAUAUUUCUUCAACUGAUUUUAUAUUUAAUUCAAAUUUAAAUAAUCAAAAUAAUUCAAAUUAUAAUAUUAAUAAUAAUAGCAAUAUAAAUAAUCAAGAUAAUGAUUUACAUAAUAUAAAUAUUAAUAAUUUUAAUAACAAUAGCAGUAACAACAACAAUAAUAAUAAUGAAUUUGAUAAAACAAUUUAUAAAAAAAUCACUAAAAAUGAAUCUUGGUAUAGUAUUAAACAAGAUACCUUAGAUAAAGUCCCUCCAAUCGAACAAGAGAUUCAUAAAACUAUACAAAUCAUUAUAAAAAAUUUAUCAAAAUAAAUCAUUAAAUAAAAAUUAAAUAAUAUUAAU